AUGGGGGCGCAGGAAAAGGAGCUGGCACUGCCACCACAGCUGGCACUGACCCCAGAGACCCCAGAGCUGGCACUGCCACCACAGCGGGCACUGCCACCAAAGAUGGCACUGACCCCAAAGACAGAAUCCCAGGUUCCAGAACCCCAGAACCCCACAAUCCAUAUCCCAGAAACUCGCAAUCCCAGAACUCUAGAUUUGAGAAUCCCAGAACCCAAACCCCCAGAAUCCCAAAAUGCCUGAACCCCACAAUCCCAGAAUCUCAGAAUCCAAAAUCCCACAUUCCCACAGUCCAGAAUCCCACAAUCCAAACCCCCAGAACCUCAGAAUUCCAGAACCCCAGAUCCCAGAAUUAUUUACGGUGGAAAAACCCCCCAAGGUCACCAAGCCCCCGGACCCGUGCCCGGUCCCCAGCCCAGAGCCCUGAGUGCCACACCCAGGAAUUCUGGGGACACCUCCAGGGACGGGGACCCCAACACUUCCCUGGGAAUCCCAUCCCAAAUUCCAGUGGGAUUUUCACGCUGGGAUUAGAAGAACCAGGAGAUCCCAAUGGGUUCGGGCACAGCGCCGGGCACCAAAAACCCCAAAAGCGGAGUUCGGGGUCUGGGCUGGCUCCCGCCUCAUCCCUUGGGAAGGGCUGGCAUUCCUGCCUUUUUUGGGGAAUGAUUUCAGCUUCCAGGCCUGGAUCACUCUGCUUUUUCUGGAAACGCUCCGGGAGCGGCAAGAAUGGCCGGAAGCGCCGCCGGCCGCUCGCUCCCUCGCGCAGGAAACGCCCGCGGCCCUUCCCGGCCCGGCCGCGGCCUCGGGGCGAUCCCGGCUGGAAAAGCGACUGCGGGGUCCUUCCCGGUCCUUGGGAGGAUCCCUGGGGGAUCCCGUUGGGAUGGGAGAUCCCGGAGCUCUCCCUGGUGUCACCGGAUCCUCAGGGCACGGUGGGACGGCAGCGGGAGGUGACGAUGUUUCCGGAUCUGUGGAUGAGCUUUGUUUUCCCAGAAAAACUGGGGCUGGUUUGGGG